AUGCCCCUCCCCAUCAAGGAGACGGUAACCCGUCUCGCAGCCAUUUCCAAGCUCCUAGUACUAUCCUACAUAAUUGACUGGAUAUUUAUCAUCGGCAUCGCCCUAAUUGGCUACGGAUUCUACAAACAACCCCCAAACCACCACCCCUUCAGUCUAACCGACCCAACAAUCAGUUACCCCCUCACCAAGGAAACAGUAACAACGACAACCCUCAUCCUAGUCUGUCUCUUCGCACCAGCUGUUAUAAUAUUCCUACUCUCAUGGCUCCUCGUCCCAGCAAAAGCCACCGUCUCCACCACCACUAACUCCGGCUCCCCCAAACCCCCCGCAGCGCAAUACAUCCGUCGCAAAUUCUGGGAAUGGAACGUCGGCUGGAUGGGCCUCGCGCUGGCUAUCGCAAGCGCCUGGUCCGCUACACAGGGCCUAAAAGCCCUAAUCGGUAAACCGCGACCUGACCUCCUCGCGCGCUGCAAUCCAGAUGUAGCGCGCAUUGCGGAGUUCACGGUUGGUGGACUCGGGGAGUCGGUGCGCGGUGCCGCGACACUUGUCUCCUGGGAGAUUUGUCGGGAUAAGAGUGAUUCGUUGCGUAUUGAUGGGUUUUCGAGUUUUCCGAGUGGGCAUUCUUCUUUCUCCUUCGCCGGCCUAAUCUACCUAACCCUAUGGCUUUGCUCCAAAUUCUCUGUCGGAUUCCCCUAUCUCCCACGCUACCCAAUUGAAGACCAGAGUCACACGGACGACAGUUCAUCCGUGCGAAAACGUGGCGCUGCGCCACCCGUCUACUUAAUGCUAAUUGCGUUCGUGCCGACUGCAACAGCGUGUUUUAUUGCUGCGUCCCGCUGGUUCAAUUACAGACACCAUGGCUUUGAUAUUCUCUUCGGCGCGGCGCUUGGUCUUUUCUUCGCUUAUAUCGCGUUCAACAUGUACCAUCUCCCGAUUCGGCGUGGUGCCGGCUGGGCUUGGGGUGCGCGUAGUCGGGGACGCGCUUUCUUGCGGGGUGUUGGGGUUCCUAGUUCGCUGGGGACAGAUGGGUGGGCGGGUGAGAGGGGAGUGGAUGGUGAUGUUGAGGGUGCGGCUGCGGCGAGGGAGAUGUCAUUUAGGGGACAGGGACAGGGACAGGGGCGUGUUAAGCCGGAGAGUAGUCAGGGUGAGGCUGUUAGGCUUGAGGCUUGA